AUGGAUAUGAUGGGCCAUGAUAUGAGUUCGCAGGAAACACCUGCGAACAUCAAUGAACCCUAUGCCAAAAACUUGAUUACCAUCAUUGCAUCUGUCAUUGCAUUUCUUACUGUACGACAUGUGUUUAUUUACAUUUUCAACAAGACCACCAUGUACUCGAAACUCGAAAACAAAAUAAUCAACACAUUCUCUUACACUGCAUUAAAUGGUGCAUCGCCUCCGUUGGGUGCUUUAUUGGUCGUUUUGGCCCUGAUAUCUGCUGUAUUACCACUGCUUUUAUUAAAUGUCGACUUGGCUGUCAAUUCAAAUCGUGCAGGCUUUUUGUGUCUCGUCAUGGUGCCAUUUUUGCUAUCGUCGACUGGCAAGAAUUCAGCCAUCUCGUUGCUGACAGGCAUCUCUAGUAUCAAGCUCAACUUUUUGCAUCGCAUCCUUGGCAUGGCCUUGUUUAUAUGUGCUACUGUUCACAUGUCUACUAUGAUUUAUGCGUGGUCUAAAUUUCCCGCAUUCCUCAAAGCUGAAUUAGCAUUGACCAAAGUGCAGUACGGCCUGGCUGGUUAUGGAUGUCUCUGUGUAGUCAUUCUGGGCAGCAUAUGGCCUGUACGUCUCUUUUGUUAUGAAGCAUUUGUAGCAACUCACAUACUGGGCAUUGCUUUCAUUGGCUGCAUCGCUGUGCACACUCCUUAUGCCAUGCGCUACUUCUUUUCUGGUCUGGUGUGCUACUUGCUGAAUCUGCUGGCUGUUUGGUUUGUCAAGACCUAUGUGGCUCAUGCUCGAUUUGAGAUUCUGCCUGAGGGAUGCACCAAAGUCUCUAUCCGACUGGCGAGUCCCAUCAAGACACAUCACAUUGGACAGUACAUUAACCUAUGCAUCCCUUCCAUCUCUCCAUUCCAAUGGCAUCCAUUCACCAUUACAAGUGUACAGCAGUCAAAUGCAGCUUAUCAAAACUCGAUUGAAGUGUGUGUCUGCUCUCGUGGCAACUUUACUCGCUCCUUGUACAAGUGUGCGCUGCCAGAUCAAGACAUGCGCGUGUUUGUAAGUGGCCCAUUUGGCAGCAAGGAUAUCCAAGCCGCUCGUGUGCUGGACACCUACUCCUCUGUUGUCAUUGCAUCUGGCGGCUCGGGUGUCACAUUUGGUAUGCGCUUGUUGCGUGAACUAACUGACACACUCGUCAUGCAACAGGAGCAACAGGAUGACAACAGCCAUGCCUCUCUGCUGAACCAUAACAAAACCAAGGACAUUUACUUUUUCUGGUGUGUGCGACGUCCUUUGGAGAUAGGAUGGUUUCGCCAGGAGUUGGAGCAAAUCAACUAUCUCUACCAUGCGCAUGACCAGUUCCCCAACUUGCAUAUCAAGUUCCAUAUCACUGCUGGUGAAACACACGGCAUGAUCCAAGAAUCGGCCUUGACUGAGAGCAGCGCCAACAACAAGGAAACGAUCGACUCGGAAGAUGCCACUACUGCCAAUCAUUAUCAAUUAGGUCCUAGAAAAGACAUUGAUGUCGUCUAUGGAUGUCGUUUCGAUGCCCAGUCUGUGUUGGCCUCAGCGAAUGGUGAUGUGGGUGCUUUUGUGUGUGGUCCUACAAGCUUUAACGCCUCAUUCAAAAAUCAAGUAGCCUUGCAUAGAUCCAAUGUACAUCUCCACUGUGAGAGCUUUAGUUACUAG